ACCCAAAACGUGAUGAGAUCUCAUGGCACAAAUGAAAUGUAGGAAAGAUAAGAAACAGAGAGAAAUUAGGAGAGACUGACUAAGCUCACUCCACAACUGAUCUCAUUUCUCCCUCUUCAUCCUCUCAUUAACUUUUUUUUUUUAAUUUAAUCUUCCCAUUCAUCGAUCUAUCUAUCUCUCACUCUUCUGCCUGCCUCUCUGCUAUUGUCAUUCUCAUGAUAUUUUCAUACACUACAAUAUACAUACCUACAUACAGUGCACUGUGCAUAUAAUAAUAUGGCUAUGCAAAACAAAUAAAGGAAGAAGCUCCGAUCUAUCGUAGGCAACCGGCUGCGAGGCGAGUUAGGGCUUUUUCUAUUUUGUGUGUUUGUUAUAUUAAUUAAUUUGAUUGGAAAUCGAAAACAAAAUGCAUCACCUGGAUGUGAAGAAUAGCGUGAAAUCGGAGAAUGUGGAUGCAAAUCCUCCGGUGUGCCCGAAGCCCCGUCGCCUGAGAUCCACCUCGCCGUCGCUGCAGUUCCUUGAGCAUUCCCUCCUUCGCACCAAUCACCAGCAAACAAAUUGUGAUGGAAGGAGAGGCAUUCUCAACACUAUUGACGACAAGGUGAGAACGGAUUUGGAAACAGAGUUAGGCGGGGGCGGCGGAUGGUGGUGCGAAUCUUCUUCUCCGCCGAGAAGAUGCGAGAAUCCUCUAGUCCACGACAAUCACUUUCUCCAAAUACGUCGCCACACCUACACGGAUGUCUUCCCGUCGUACAAAACAUCGGCCUAGGGCUAGGCUAGAUCACUAUCAUCUCGUACAUAUGUUACAAAUUUGGUGUAAUUCUUCGAUUAUCGUCAUGCACCGGGUUUAGCUCGAAGGAAAGGAAACCCUAAUUAGGGUUUAUAAUAUCGUAUCAUAUGUAUGUGUUCAGUGAGUUUUUUAAGCGCAUACAAGACAACGUAACUG